AGGAGCUCGGCUUCCUCUUCUUCUCCCCCAACCCCGCUGGCGACGGCGACGACGACGGCAACGAGGCGAAAAUCUCCCCACCAACCGGAGCGCCUGCCUGCCGAUGGAGGUCUCGGCCAGGCUCCGCCCGCCGCCCGCCGCCUCGACGGCGCCGCCCCGCCGCGGCGGAGGGUCCCUGCGACUGCGACGGCUGCCCCCUUCGGCUCGGCCCGCCCCCCGCGCGGUCUCCGCCAAGCCAAUGCAGAUAAGAGCAAGUGCAAUUAAUGACCUGCAAAGAAGCAAGAGUAGCCUCGAAGCGCUGUUCUGCUACGACAAAGCUGUUCCAGAGGAGAAUAUUGGGAAACCAGCUGGUUUGGAUUUGGAGAAGAAGGAGGUUGGGAAUAACCCUCCAUGCGUGCGCUGCGAAACUAAAGGCGCUGUGCUGUGUGCAACCUGUGCCGGUUCAGGCUUGUACGUCGACUCGAUAAUGGAGAGCCAAGGGAUCAUCGUGAAAGUCAGAUGUCUAGGCUGCGGAGGAACUGGAAGCAUCAUGUGCUCCACAUGCGGAGGUCGCGGGCACACCUGAAUUGUUUGUUGAUGUUUCUCACAAACAAGGGAAUGAAACUCCAAACAAGGGAAUGAUGCCUUGGUGUACGUCUGGUGGGACACAUCGUUGCCGCUGUGAAGACAUGCAAAGAGAUGAUUCAUAGUUGAGCGAUGGUCGGGGUUUCUGCUAAUGUAUACAAGCAAAUAUAUUCGGAGUUGAUUUUCUCAUACGGCAUACGAACAAUUUCACUGUAUUAAAGGAUUCGAUGAUGAGUCGGGUGUUGUACCUUGAGUCUACUUGUGUUAGAGCGUGUGACAUUGUUUUGCUUUGUAUCAAAAAAUGGUUUAAAUUCUGA